AUGAAUAUUUAUAGAUUACUAGGCGAUGGAAGUCAUCUCAUCGCCAUGAUUUACUUAUUACUUUGGAUAAUUAAACGAAAAUCAUGCAGUGGCAUCUCUGGUAAAACUCAAUUUGUACAUUGUAUCGUUUUUACCUUACGCUAUCUUGAUCUAUUCAAGUAUUUCAUUUCUUAUUAUAACACACUGAUAAAAUUGAUAUUUCUAACCAUCACUUAUGCAACCACUGGACUCAUUGCGAUUGGAUAUAAUGGAACUUAUGAAAUGGAAGAAGAUAAUUUAAAAUUAAGCUAUAUAUUGAUACCAUCAUUUAUUCUUGGUAUGCUAUUUACCUACACCUAUGAUAUUUUAGAAAUUUGUUGGAGUAUGUCACUCUUUUUAGAAGCGUUGGCGAUCUUGCCACAAUUGAUCAUGUCUCAUAACCGUGGAGAAUCCCUUGGUGUUAUACGCCAUUACAUGUUAAUGCUAGCUUUCUACAAAACAAUGUAUUGCUUUAAUUGGGUAUAUCGAAAAUUAUGUAUGGAUUAUUUUUCAUUAACGUCUGUCAUUGCUGGUACUGGACAAACACUAGUAUAUUAUGCAGCUGUCAAGAUGUUGUAUAGCGAUCAAGUUGUAUUCUAUGAUCGUGAUAUAUUCUUACAGUAUAAGACUUUGUUAACUGAAUCGAGUCACGCGCAAAACCGUCGUCUAAAUCAAAAUUCCGGGUAA